ACUCAGAUUACAAAUUACUUUUUCAUUGAAAUGGUAGCUAUGCAUACUUAAUGAGUCUUGUUAACUUUAUUGUUUCUCACAGAUCAAGGACUGCUGUUGCUCCUCUUGAGCGAUUGAAGAUCCUGCUUCAGGUUCAAAAUCCUCACAGUAUCAAGUACAAUGGUACAGUUCAAGGGCUGAAGUAUAUAUGGAGAACCGAAGGCCUUCGUGGACUGUUUAAGGGCAAUGGGACGAAUUGUGCUAGGAUUGUCCCAAAUUUUGCUGUCAAGUUCUUCAGUUAUGAGCAAGCAUCAAGAACUUUUAUCUGUUGCAUGAUGAAACUGUUUUGACCUGAAAUUGGUUAG